AUGACAGAUAUGCCUCCUUAUCUCGCAAUUAACGACGAGGAGAAUAACAGCGAUCGUUCCGACAGUGAUUCUUCAGACUAUGAGGACAAUUUACCCUUAUGUUUUAAUCAGCCCCGACACACAGAACCGAUCAAAGGCGCUGAUCGUGAGGAGCACACGUGGAGAGUAAAAGAGAAGUACAAGACCCACUGCGUAGCUCUGGUGCUGUGUCUGAAUGUAGGUGUUGACCCACCAGAUGUUGUUAAAACCCAGCCCUGUGCCCGGCUAGAAUGCUGGAUAGAUCCAAACUCACUAUCUCCAACUAAAGCACUAGAAUCUAUCGGACACGCUCUUCAGACACAAUAUGAGAGGUGGCAGCCUCGAGCCAGAUAUAAGCAGUCCCUCGACCCCACUUGUGAUGAGAUAAAAAAGUUAUGCUGCUCAUUGAGGCGCAAUGCAAAGGAGGAGCGAGUUCUCUUCCACUACAAUGGCCACGGUGUACCCAAGCCCACUGCACAAGGAGAGAUUUGGGUAUUCAAUAAGGCCUACACACAAUAUAUCCCGCUGUCCAUGUAUGACCUGCAGAGCUGGAUGGGGGCCCCUUCUCUCUAUGUCUAUGAUUGCUCCAAUGCCGGCCUCAUUGUGGAAAACUUUAAGCAGUUUGCGGAACAGCAUGAGAAGGAUUAUGCACUUCAAGUGAGCUCCAAAGGCGCCGAGGCGAUCGGGCCGCCCGUGUCGUACAAGAACUGUAUACAGCUGGCGGCGUGCGCGUCCGGGCAGAGUCUGCCCAUGUCGCCCGAGCUACCCGCCGACCUCUUCACUUCGUGCCUCACAACUCCCGUCAAGAUGGCCAUGAAAUGGUUUGUGCUACGCAGCCGGCUUCGCUCCGCCCGCGAAGGCCUCAUCGAUCUCAUCGACAAGAUCCCGGGGCAAGUGACGGACCGGCGCACGAUGCUCGGCGAGCUUAACUGGAUCUUUACGGCGAUAACGGACACGAUCGCGUGGAGUUCGUUGCCCCCCGACCUUUUCCAGCAGCUGUUUCGUGCUGACCUUCUAACGGCGAGCCUCUGCCGAAACUUCUUACUGGCCGACAGGAUAAUGCGUUCCUACAACUGCACCCCGGUCUCGAGCCCCGCGCUGCCCUCCCUGGCGAGGCACCCGCUGUGGGCGGCUUGGGAACACACAUUAGACCUAGCGCUGGCCCAGCUGCCCGGCCUCGUCGCCGAACGUUCGCUGCACUACAAGCACUCGCCUUUCUUUCGCGACCAGCUCACCGCCUUCCAGCUUUGGCUCGAUCUGGGCGAGUGGUCGGUGUCGCGCGCUCCUCCAGAACAAUUGCCGAUGGUGCUGCAGGUACUGCUGAGCACGUUACACCGCGUGCGGGCGCUGCACAUCUUGUGCCGGUUCCUCGCGCUGGGCGAGUGGGCGGUGCGCGCCGUCCUUGGCGUCGGCAUCUUUCCCUACAUGCUGAAGCUGCUGCAGGCCUCAGCGCCCGACCUGCGCCCGGCCAUGCUUUACAUCUGGGCCAAGAUCGUCGCCGUUGAUCCGACUUGCCAAGCGGAUCUGGUGAACGCGAAGGGGCACAAAUACUUCUUGGCGAUUCUGCAGGACCCCUCCGUCAGCACGGAGCACCGCACCUUGGCCGCCUUCGUGUUGGCCGGCAUCGUGGACAACUAUCCGGCGGGACAGGAAGCGGCCUUGCAGGGCUCGAUGAUCUCGGCGUGUCUGGAGCAGAUCGGCGAGGGCAAUGCCCGGAGCGAGGGCGUCCUCGAGCAGUGGGCGUGCAUCGGGCUCGGCCGGUUGUGGCGGGGCUGCGAGGCGGCGCGAGGAGCCGGCGCCAGGGACCUGGCGCACGAGAAGAUCGCCACGCUGCUAGCUCACCGCCGCGUCGAGACGCGCGCCGCCUGCGCCUUCGCCCUCGCCUGCUUCCUCGGCGCGGCGCCGCUCGCGGCUCGCACCGAUCAUGCCAACGCGCUCGACCACCAGGUGGCCGUGUUGCUGGCCGCGAGGCUCGCCGCCGACGCCUCGCCGCUGUUGCGUGCGGAGAUUCUUGCGGCUCUGCAGUGGGUGGUGUUGAUAUUCGAGCAGCACUUCAUCGCCGUUUACAUUCAGGAGAGGAUGAGGCGCAGCGACAGAGAGGGUCGGAGCAGUGGCGGCGGGCACGUGGAACCCGGCUGCGAGGCGCUGGCCGGCGGGCGCGGCGCGAGGAACCCCUCCCCGGCGCACCACUCCCUCUCGUUGCCCGCUAUCGGCUUCGGGUCGGUAUACAUGAAGCUGUGGAGUUGCGUUUGCGCGAUGUGCAGGGAGCCCCAUCCCACCCUCGCGCAGAUGGCCAACGACAUCAUCGGAUAUAUCGCUAACCAAGUGGACAAUGUAAGCCGCGAAGUGGAACGGCACACGAGCAGCGGCUCUAAUUCGCUACCCCCCUCCCCCAACACGCGCCCCUCCCUCGCGCACCCCGCGCACCACGAUACGCGUACUUUGCCCCUCGGUCAUCGCCGAGGCAGAUCCGGACUCCCUCACACCACCUCGGAGGACUCUUUUUCCUCUUCUUCCAGUCAGAGUGCGAAAAAGGCCAUCGUGAGCACGCAGUACGUGGAGUGGGCGAGCGCACAGUUCGCGAGGGGUGACGCCGACACGUGGGGAUCACUUGCUGCCCCCGAGCGGGGCGCAACCGCCGAAGGCGUAUGCUCGAGAGCCCCCGCCUCGCCCGUCGACGACGUGGAGUGCCGCGCCUACCACGAGCGACUUUGGCGCCGCACCAGGAACGCCAAUAUACGCCGCGAGGCUAAAGCGCUGCGCACGACCCGCGUCGCCCGCCUCGAGACGCAGGCUUUCUACUCGCGCUGUCCCCUUCCACCCGCCGUCGUGCUUUUCCACCCCUACGAGCAGCACGCCGCCGUGGCCUCCAAGGACAACUUCGGGAUUUGGGACUGGGGCACGGCGGCGAAGCUGUGCGUGGGGACGUGGCGGCGCGCAUGGGGCCGCAUCACUUCGCUCGCCUACCUCGACGCGCACCACUGCACCGCGCUCGCCGUCGCCUCGCACCAGGGCAACCUCGCCAUCUACAGGCCGUCGGGCAGCGGCAUGGAGCCGCAGUUGGUGUCAGCGUGGCGCGCCCUGGACGUACGACCCGCGCCCGACUACCGCCCGCCCCCCGCGCAGCCCCUCUACAGUCUGGCCCAGCUGGUGUCGGAGCAGUUCGCAUCGGCCGACGAGCGGCUUGCGGCCGGCAAGACUCGAGCGGACUCACACCUGGGCGCGGGAAGCGGCGGCGGCGGCUGGACCCCGCCCCCACCGGGGACGCUUUUGCGCUGGAGCGCGCGCCGCUGCAGCCUCGCCCUCGCGGGACCGGCGCCGACCGUGCGCCUCUGGGAUGCCACCGCCGAGAUGCUGCACGGCGACAUCGAAACUGAUAGCGAGUCCGCGGUGACGUGCCUGUGGCGUGGUGGAUGGCUGACGGUGUGCGGGUUCGCGGACGGCAGCAUCCGCGCUUGGGACGAGCGGACCCCCGCGCGCCCUCUAUACACGCUGCGAGACCACGCCUCCCCAGCGCUGGCCGCCAGCCCGCGGGGCGACCAGCACGCCAUCGUCACCGGCUGUGUGGACGGGGCGGUGCGCAUCUAUGACACGCGCAAAGUGUCUCCUGUGGUAGUGGUGAAGGCGACGGCGCCCCUCGCAGCGGUGGACGUGCACCCCCGCGCGCAACUCGUCGCCUGCGGCUCGGUGAACCAGGCCCGUGUCGUGUCUCACUUUUCAUCCGUUGCGGUGUGCGAUGGGCGUCGGUUCGAAGGACUCGUCGGUGUCCGUGUACUUGUCGGAGGCGCGCCGGUGACCCUCGCUCUACGGCCUGGCGCUUCCCUUCGCGCACUGACGCAAGCGAACUGCAGCUGCCGAUUCGAUCACAAAAAUCAACUUCGUACUGUUAAUUCUAAGUUGAAAAAGUAUAAUUGA